AUGAAGUGGCAUGAGAUCUAUGAUGUUUAUAUGAAAGUUUCCGAAAAAUCAAUUCAUCUGAAAGAAAUUAAAGAAUUAUUUUAUCCCAACAAGGAUACUAAAAACAAAAUCCCUUUCACUAUUUUGGUAAUCGGACGUCCCGGAAUUGGAAAAACUGUUCUGACCAGAAAAAUCGUGCGAGAUUGGGCAAAAGGAGAUGAUGAAAUUUAUCACAAUAAAAUCGCAUUUUAUUUCAAAUUCAGAUGGUUCAAUCUUGCCCAAAAACAACAUGUAACACUUAAGAAAUUUCUUCAGAUUGGAACAGAACUGCUGAAUAAAGAUGAAUUUGAAAGUAUUUUUAAAGAAAUUUGGAAAAAUCCACGAGUGGCUACUUUCGUUUUUGACGGUUUAGAUGAAUUUCAUGCAAGCCAUGGAAGUUUUCAGAUAAUUCUAGAUCAGUCAAGAAUGUUUCCCAAUGAUGAUGUUUCUUGUUCCAUGUCUGCAAUGUUUCUUUUCGUCAAAAUCUUGGUUGGCGACAUGUUACCAGGGGCAACAGUCUUGGUGACCAGCAGGCCAAUUGUGAAUGAUGUUUUGUGCAAAAUGAAAUUUGACAGAACUGUUGAAAUAGUUGGGUUCACAUCAGAUAAAAUUGAACAGUAUGUUAAACAGUUUUGUGCUAAUCAUAACAGGUGCGAUCUAGAAGCAACGCUAUUGAGUCAUAUCAAAUCAUCAUCUGAACUGAUGAAUUUAUGCUACAUUCCAGUGAAUUGUUUUAUUGUGUGCGUCUCUCUGUUCGAAUGUCUCGUUGUGUCAGAGGGUGAUAUUGGUGAUCUACCAACCACUUUGACGGAACUGUACGAGUCAGCUUUAGUCUACUUCAAUAAGCAUCACGACCGAAAUGAGAGCAAAGAAGUUGUUUUAAAGAAACUUCAACUGUUGGCUUUCAAUGGUAUGAAAAACGAUGAACUGAUUUUCAAUGGAGAGCUAGUCGAUGAGAAAAUGAAAGCGUCAGGAUUACUAAACUCUUUACCUAAUCCAAUUUUUCAAAUUCAAAUACAGGUUUGCUUUAUGCAUUUAACUAUACAAGAAUUUCUCGCAGCAAAGCAUAUAAUGGAAACAAAAACACCUGAAGAAGUAAAAGAAUUUAUAUCUUCGCAUAUCAAACAUGGCAGAUGGCAUCUCGUGCUUCAGUUUCUGGCUGGAUUAUUGGGAGUGAAAAUGAGAACGUCUGAUGAUUCUCGUGAAUAUAGAAGCUGUGUGUUGUCGUUCAAGGAAUAUCUUGCAAUUCAAGGCACUAAGUGCGAAAUUCGACCAAAUCAUAUUUUGGUGAUGAAAUGUUUGAGAGAAGCACAGGAUGAAGAUGUUAAUAAAGAAAUUGCUGCAAACUCUGGUUUGAAAGAUGCAACGGAGAUAUUUUGUGAUGCUGCUGAUGUACGACUUCUUUCCCUAAGCGAUGUGGCAGCAAUGGUGUUCGUUUGCAAACAGUUGAACUUUUUAAAUCAUUUAUACAUUAAUGGCGCACCUAGUGAUUGUUCAAUGGAAGCUCUUAAAUUGCUAAAUGAAAGAUGCAUAAAAUCACUGUCCAUGAACGAUUGUCAUCUUGGCGAGAUGGAUUGGAAGCGUUGUCCGGCGCUAUUGCAAUCUGAAUGUCAGCUGAAGCACAGUCAUUCUAAGCUUACCAAGCUCUGUUGGCCAAAAAACAAUAUUAGUGAUGCCGGAGUGGCGUAUCUAAAUGAGUUUCUCAAAAAUAGGCAUAAAGUCGGUUUGGUGGAAUUAGAUCUGUCGUUAAAUGAUAUUACUUCGUGUGGAAUUUUGACACUUGUGGAAUGUCUCAGCAGCAAAGUUUGUAACCAGCUUACAAAACUUGAUCUUGGCGGCAAUCCUCACAUACGUGAUGAAGGCGUUCGUAUUCUUUGUAACGUAAUUCGAGAAAGGCAGUUGAAACUUGAGAAGCUGAAUCUAUUCGGAUGUUCUUUAACCAAUGAAAGCAUACCAUGCCUGGUAAAAUGUGGACUAAAGGACUUGACACUUAGCAAUAAUAAGAUAGGAGAUGAAGGUAUGCGGAUCUUGUGCAGUGUUCUUGAACAAGGAACAUUUCCUCUCACCAGAUUGAACGUUUCCUUUUGUUCGUUAACAGACGAAUGCAUGCCGAGCUUGUGCCAGGCUCUCGGAGAUGAACGAUGUAAGCUCACUAAGUUGUAUGUAAGCGACAAUGGAAUCACAGAUAAACAUUUAUCAUUACUCUCAGACACUCUGAAACUUCAGAAUUGUUGUCUUGAAUAUUUAUAUAUUGAAGGUGUUAUUACUAAAGCGGGUGAAAAGAUCCUUAAUGAAACCAUGCAAUCUGAUAUCUGCGUAGUACGAGCUUUAAAAAUUAUCUGUAUCACACCUUUGCAAUAAAUAUUUUGAACAAUUGAACCUUAAUCCUCAACUUUUCGAAUUUACAUUUCAUCGGAGAUCAUAACUUAGGUUGAGCCUCAAAGAAAUUGUAGAUAAUUAUAUUAU